GCGGUACCCAUAUAUUGAGUACACUCCACGUUUACUUUGUUCUCAGUUUCUCUGAGUCUGAGAGUUCCAAACCUUUGAUUUUCCAAUUUCCACCCCUCAGGGAUCUCUCCUCCAUCCAUAACUCCCUUAAAUUUCUCCAUUUUCACCUCCUCAUUAUAAUUUUCAAUUUUCUUUUUUUUAAGUUUAUAUGCAAACUUAUAGUGUUGAAGAAGGUCAUGAGUGAACGUGGUUUUGCUAUUGGAACAGUUGCCAGGUUAUAUCUGCCGAUCACUUUUGGUGGUUCUUUUAGAUUUGCUUUUGGCUGGUAACUAGUUAUUCGGAUGAGAAAGGUUGCAAUGUGUUUCUCACUCUUCCAGUUCCCGCGAUGCAGAAUUCAAACAUUAGCUAAUUCCUGGCAGGAAGCAUUCCCGAAGUUACGUGGAAGAGGUAUUUACACUUCUACCUUCCAGGUUCUAGGUUCUAAUAACCAUGGGCUUGAGGGAGGACACUAUAGGAGGUCUUGCAAAAAAACCAUAACAACCAAAACGGAAGGCAAUAACAAAUCCAGUCAAAGCAACAAAACGAGCAUAAAAAGUCAAAUAAGUGCCAAAUCAACAGGCGCCAACUUAAACAUAUACAAUAAUAGGAUUAUUGAGGCAGAAAGGACCCAGGUUUUGGAUCUGAGGCAGAAGAUUUCUGAAAAUAAAGAGCUGGCGAAACUUGUAACUUUUAUUGUAUUUGAUAUCGAGACAACUGGUGUUCGCAGAAAGAUUGAUAGGAUUAUUGAGAUAGCAUUCCAGGAUCUUGCAGGAGGUAGAAAUAGCACUUUCCAGGCUCUGGUCAAUCCUGAAUGCAAUAUAGGAAAUUCUGAAAUCCACGGAAUUUCAACCGCUAUGGUUAACAGAGCCGAUGUACCAAGGAUGGAAGACCUGAUACCUUUGUUACUACAAUACAUUAAAAGCCGUCAGAAACCUGAUGGAUUCGUUGUUUUGAUAGCUCAUAAUGCUCGCACAUUUGAUGUUCCCUUCCUGUGUGAAGAAUUUAGUCGGUAUUCUUACAAGAUUCCUCAAGAUUGGCUAUUUCUGGACACCCUUCCAAUGGCAAGGGAAAUGAUGAAAUCUCAAGGGUUGAAGGAACAGAAAGUAAACUUGCAAGCUCUUCGGAGUUAUUUUGAGAUCCCUGUACUCGGGUCUGCCCAUAGAGCUCUUGCAGAUGUACAAACAUUGGCUUUGGUCCUCCAAAAGAUGACUUUUAAUUUGAAAUUACCUCUUCCUGACCUCAUUGAGAAAUAUUCCUUUAGCGAUUUGGAUUUGGUGAAAACCAAGAAAGAAAGAAAUUCUAGGUAGGUUUUAUAGAUUAUAGGUUUAUGUCAUGUUAACAACACAUUUAUAAGUUAUAACCAUUGUUGUAUUAUUUGUGUAUCAUUCUUUAUCAAUCAACACUUUUUAUCCAUUUAUUAUGCCUU